UUUUAAUUGGAAAUACAUUUAUUUAUCAGUGCCGUUAACUAAAAAUACUAGUGUCUUGAAUAGUGGCAAAAUAAUCAGUGCACGGUAUAUGUAAACUAAGAAAUAAAUUAGUGCAUAUUUAAGAUACAUUUAAUGAAUCUGUCUCAACAAUAAUAGAGAGAAAAGUGAGAGGUUGGCUAAGUGGAGUGAUAGACGACAUGAGACGAAGUAGUCCAGUACAACAGUGGCUGGAUUCUCUACCUGCUGAUGCACAAGCAGAGCCAGAAACCUCAAGUGAUGAAGUAAAGCCAACAGAACCAAAGUCUGAUGACAGUAAAGCUGAGGAGUCAGUGACUGAAAACACAGUCAUAGAGCCCAACAAAGAUAAAACCCUGGCAGACGAAAGCUUAGAUGUUCCUAAUGUCAAAGAACCAUGGAAGAGAAAAUCACUUGACAGUGGAUUGCUAACCAGCACUCCACAAAAGACAAAUGUUAAAAGACUGCAAAGGGACCACUCUCUGCAGUCUGAAGUAUAUACUCCAAAGUUUAAGAACCCUUUGCUUAGAGAUCAUUCUCUCCAGUCAGACAAUAGUGGAUCAAGUGGCAGUUCAGUUUUGAAUGUGUUGGGAGCUCGAAAAGUUGAUGCAGAAUCUGUUUUGCUAGCAUUGGGCUUUGGACCAAGUGAAAAACAACAAAAAUUACAAAGAAUACCUGACAGGUUUUUAGCUCCAUCAAAACUAAAAGGCAUCAGCACUGAAGAUUUUAUAAAGAAUGAACAACAUUCAAUGCGCAUGCAUGACUGUGGUAUAUUUGGAUACAGGGGUCUAACUGGGAAUCCUCAUGUUCCACCGUCGACAAUUGUAGCUAAGAUAAUUGGAUGUAUACUCCAAGAUGAAGUGUGUCGUGAAGAGGCGUUAAUAAAAUCGAGACAUUCUAUAGCCGACAUGCGAUCUCAGCCAAACAUUAAUGCAAUUCUCGCCGCGCGUAUGCGUAACAACUAACAAAUUUGACCUCGCAGAACCAUGUGGGUAUACGCGUUAUUUAUGCAUAUUUUUGUUAAUUAUUUCAAUUGACUAUUACCGUUUGUUAAAUAUUAUGUUAUUGUGCAAUCAUUAUUAUAGAAUUCCAAAA